AUGCCUGUCUGUGUCUCUAUCACAUCGUUUACACCCACCCACAAAAUACAUUCCAAGUUUACAUCGCUCAAAUAUGUUUUAUUCUCUUUUUUUCUCUCUCUCUCUCUCUCUCUCUCUCUCUCUCUCUCUCUCUCUCUCUCUCUAUUUCUCUCUUUCUAUUUGCAACGUUCCAUAUUUUUCUUAGUUUAUUCCCAGUCGGAUUUCAUUUUUUUUUUCUUAUCGUUAACUCACUAUCACAUACACACACAUAUUCUCUCUCUCUCUUUUUCUCUAUCUAUCUAUCUAUCUAUCUAUCUAUCUAUCUAUCUAUCUAUCUAUCUAUCUAUCUAUCUCACAGUGCAUCUCCCACUAUCUAUAUACCAUAUAUCUGUUAACUUUUUAUCUCAAUGUCUGUCUGUCACCCUCUCUCUUCCGGCGUCUCUCUCGCUAUCUCAUAUAUCUGUUAACUCUCUAUCUCAAUGUUUGUCUGUCAAUCUCUCACUCUCCCUUCCAAUGUCUCUCUCACUAUCUAUGAAGCAAACAUCUGUUAACUGUCUGCCUCUCUCUCUCUUUCUCUCUCAUAUAUCUGUUAACUCUAUCUCUAUUUAUAUCUGUUACCCUCUCUCUCCUGGUGACUCUAUCAUACAUCUGUUAACUCUCUGUCUGUCUUUCUGUCUGUCUGUCUCUCUUUCCCUCACGGUACCUCUCUUACGGAGAGGCUGUCAAAUUAUCUCCCUUGAGUCAGGGGGCGGCUUUUAUGGUCGCGUUUCCGCGGGCGAAAAUCCGAGAGAAUUGAAUCGUCGUCCAGUUCAGUUCGUAAACGAGCUGGUAGAAGGCUGGGCCCGGUUAAACAUGGGGUGGGCUUACCAAAGCGAUUUCAGGCAAGAGAGAAUCGGUUCGGAUACGAUUUUCCGCCAGUUAUGA